AUGGGUGGUGUCGUGGGUGGAUACUUGGGGGACAAGUUCGGACGGCGUCGGGUAUUGCGUUUUACGCUCAUCUUGGGGGCUGUGAUCAACGGUAUCGCCAGCCUCUCUGUCAACUGGGUCAUGCUAUUGACUGUGGCAUCCCUCGCAGCAUUUUGUGGAGCAAGUAUAUUUUCAUUAGCUAUGACCUUCUUCAGUGAGAGCGUUCCUAAGCAUAAAAGAAACCUACUGAUCUUGUUGGUCAACAGCGUAUAUAUACUAUCUCAAGGUAUUCUGGCAGUAAUCGCCAUACCCAUUAUUCCGCUCCCUUUCUCCUACUACAUUCCCGGUUUGGGCAUCUACUGGAACUCUUGGCGGACUCUACUCCUCGUCUACUCUACACCAGGUCUUCUAGCUGCUCUCUGGCUGUGCUUCAUGUUGGAAAGCCCAAAAUAUGUGUUUGCGCAAGGACGUGAAGAAGAAGCUAUAGAUAUUAUAAAAACUAUACACAGAUGGAACCAUGGGAAAUCAGCAACCGAAAUUCAAAUAAAAGGUUUGAGGUUAGAUGAGAAACAGGUUGUCGGACAGACGUCAUCGAAGGAUCAAAUCGUGCCACUAUUUAAAAAACCCCUUCUGAAAUACACCGUGAUCAUUACUUUAAUGUUUUUGUUACAACCAUUUGGAUCGUUCUCGAUCUGGAUGCCAACAAUUGCCAAUCAUUUCGUGAAGAUGGUGAAAACAGGAGGAGGCAUCGACAAGAGUUUGUGUAACGUUAUCAGAGAAAGCAUAGAAGCGCCAGUUGAUCCAGACGUCGUACCUUGCGCGCUACAAGUCACAUCACUACUGUUUGUAUUGUCAGUGGGUGCUAUGCAAUCUUUGCUUAAUGCCUUGUUAAGUUUGGUGGUGAACGGAGUUGGCAACCGCAAUUUGGUAAUAUGCGUUACAGUUGUGUGUGGAAUAUCGGGCAUCAUAGUGAACCUUAUACCCAACGCCUACGCCAGCGUCGUUUUCUUCAUGAUCUUCUUGAGUGGUGCCUUGGUUUCGGGAAUGUACGUGGCCAUUGCUGUUAAAUUGUUCCCUACUCCUCUCAGGUGA